CUUCAUCCUAUAGACCACACGGCUUAAAUCCGCUCUGCUGGUACUUCUUCAGAUAUUAGGCUCGUGUCAUAGUCUUAAAUUUUGCAAAUUUUAGCCUUUCGCCUGAUUUACGGCCUUUCUACUUUCAGAAGCAACAAUACCCCUCCAACCCCGCCGGCGGCAGAAUUGAAACAGCAUGGGCCGCGAAGACCAGAUCGAAGAGCGCGAAGUGCUCGAUUCUAUUUUCCCUGAAGAAAUCACAGACCUCUCUGACACCUCAUACCGGAUAUCAAUCGCUCUGGAAGCACCCGAGAAUGAUAUCGAAGAAGCAGAGGAAGCCGUCUUGAUUCUGCAGGUCUCUUACCCAGAAGACUAUCCCGAUGUUGCCCCCGAAUUACAAUUAAGCGCGCCCCCGAACGCACCGAAACACCCCCGACUAGAUAUCUCGGAGGACCGCGAUCGGCUCCUCGAGGCUCUGCAACCUACAAUUGAAGAGAACAUGGGGAUGGCGAUGGUGUUCACUCUAGUCAGUGCCCUAAAAGAGAGCGCGGAACUUCUCAUGGCCGAGCGUGUAGAUGCUGUGCACGCUCAAAAAGAGAUGGAAGCUGCCAAGGCAGAGGAGGAGGAGAACCGGAAAUUCCAGGGCACUGUUGUAAACCGGGAGACGUUCUUGGAAUGGAGGGACAAAUUCUUAAAGGAGAUGGAGGAGGAAGAAAAACGGAAGCGCGAAGAGAAGGAGGCAGAGGACAAGAAAUCCACCAAGAAGACCCCAGGCAAAGAAGAGAAGAAGCUCACGGGCAAACAGCUAUGGGAGAGAGGUCUUGCUGGAAGAGCAGACUUUGAUGAGGAGGAAGAGGACGCUAUGCCAGCUGCUGUAGAAAAGAUGAAGAUAGCGGCUUAAAAGCUUGGUCUAUAUGGUAUUUCUAUCACGGAACUCAUUAAUCUCUUG